UAAUACAUCGGCGUAAUUCACCCAAGUAUAGUGUACUUUUGCCUCCUACUAGUCUGUCAGGGAACAGGUUAAUCUGCCCCCCAAACGUGAUGGCUGAGGUGACGGGACUGCUGGCACCAGGAAGAAGCUCUACAUGCUGCACUUUGCAUGUCCUUUGAACGAUCAGAGCAACUGUGCUGCAGUUCUAUUGGCUGUACAACGCCAUUCCAGGGGGUUCAGUAUGACUGACCGGCGGAUGGUAUGCCUGCAGUCACAUUACCAACACUGGCAUCUUUAUCUUUGACGUCCCGACAGGGGAGAGUGGCUCGGAAAUGCACACGUCAAACCACUCCUUCAAAUGUUGAACGUGGUGCUGAUGUUGCAGAAGGUCCAUCCCGCCAUGAUCCGACUGUGCAAAUGCGCACAGGCCACGGAUCCACAACGCAACAACACGUGGCACAGAAAAGACCACGAUACGAUCUGCCCAGAGCACAAUCUGCCUCUCCACCAACGCGACGCAUCAGUACAGUCGCAUCAAGGCCACCGUCCGAUUUGCUGGCACCCUCCCCACCACUUCAACUGCAGUCCCCUCAAAUUCCAGAUAAAGGCAACAUGACCCCCGCACACCAGUCAGAUGUAAUGGAGGAAACUUAUGUCCUUAACCUGCAGCCGGUAGACCCGACAACACCAAGCACGCCACCUAUGGCUGGUCCUCCGCCUCCAACUACUCCACCACCACAAUUGAGCACAGCCACACCACCGCCACAAAACACAUGCCAGGCAUUUUGUGACAGCUGGACAACCCAGCAACCACAACAUAUGGAGUGUCUUCGCAGACAGACCCAGCUGCUGUCAAGUCUUCCACAUUAUCUCCCCAGAUUAAGUCGCACUAUGUGCAGACAAAAUUCUGAACUCAGCAGAAUUGCCACAUGCAUGGAACUAAUGCGGGCUGAUACCAGCAACAUGAUGCUCACCAUGGCCAGGAUUAUGGAUUACCAAAUGAGGCAACAUCAGAACUACCUCAAUCUCCUAGAUUCUAACAAUCGACUAUGUGAAAGUCUAGCCAGAAUAAUAGAAAAUAACACGGCAUCAAACAUCCAAAUGAAUGCUACAUUAAGCAACCUCAGCCACAAUAUUGCCAACCUACACAACCAACAACCCAGCACAAGCUCUGAAACCACAACACCGUUAACUACGCCUAUUUCAUCCCCAGUUAGAAGAUCAAGAAGAAGGGCUAAUGUCUCUGGCCCUGACUCUGCUGGUUCUAAGGGCCACACAAAAAAUUAAUUUAAAGCAGCAACAGGUGUGGGUUUGUUAGGGGGUUUGAGUUUUUCAGUGUUUCUAUUUGAAAUUUUGGAAUAUUUAUAAACAAAAAAAUAAACACAUUUGUUUGCACAAUAAA